GAAGCCGUUAUUACCGUUUUUCUUGAAAAGGUAUGACUUUUGAACGUUUGAACCUUCCCAACCGUUAUUACCGUUUUUCUUGAAAAGGUAUGACUUUUGAACGUUUGAACCUUCCCAACCGUUAUUACCGUUUUCUUGAAAAGGUAUGACUUUUCGUUUUCAGUUUUCGUUCUCCUAUAAAAGGGGGAAAUCUGGCCUCGGUUUAGGGUUACACACACAAAAACCAUUCUACGUUCCAGAAUCUUUCUUUUGCCAGAAACAUUCUUUCUUCAAGAAUUAUCCCCACAAAGAUUUCGUGAACCCAGGCAUAAAUAGGGUCGAAAUACUUUGUUCGGAAAGUGAACGAACACGAUUCUUCGAAGAUUAUCCAGGAUUAUCAAUUAAUUAUCUAACAAACAAACAAAGUAUUCAUCUGAUAAUCAUGGCUGGAGGAAACACCGUCAAGGAGAUGACCAGAAAUUUCGGAAAAUUGGACAAGUUUCAAGGACAAGAUUUCAGGCGUUGGCAGAAGAAGAUGCAUUUCAUGUUGACAACGUUGAAGGUGGUGCAUGUCCUAUCUACACCGAUUCCAGAAAUUCGGGAAGAUGACACAGUUGAAAAUCUGAGACGCAGAUCAAAGUGGGAGAACGACGACUACAUAUGCAGAGGGCACAUUCUUAACGUUCACACUACACGGAUUAAAUAUGGAUGAAACAAUAUCUGUCUCAAGCAUCAUAGACAAGUUGCCUCCUUCGUGGAAAGAUUUCAAACACAAUCUGAAACAUGGAAAAGACGAACUGUCUUUGAUCCAACUUGGAAGUCACUUGCGCAUAGAA